AUGGCUGGCAUAUUCAGAGUCUUCAAAAGUAAAUGGAUCACACCACCAAAAGAGGUUCAUGAAGAUUAUACCGGCAGGAACAUCAUUGUGACUGGUGCGACUUCGGGUAUCGGCGUAGAGGCAGUCUUCAAGUUUGCGAAAUUGGGUGCCGCCAAAGUCAUCAUCGCCGCGCGCGAUGUGAAGAAAGGCGAAUCCACGAAAUCGGCUCUGGAGGCGAGGCUCGGACGCAACGAUCAGCUGGAGGUUUGGGAACUCGAUAUGAUGUCGUAUGACAGUAUAGAAGCUUUCGCCAACCGCGCAAACGCGCUUGACCAUCUCGACUUAGCUGUGUUGAACGCUGGUGCUUGGCGAGUCAAGUUCAUACAGUCAAGAUAUGGAUGGGAAGAGGAUAUACAGGUCAACACACUGUCUACAACCCUCUUGGCCGUGUUGCUUCUACCAAAACUGAAGGAAUCUCAACAGCACACUGGCAGAAUUCCGGUCCUCGAGUUUGUCAAUUCUGGUCUACACCAACGCGCUGUUGUCCCACCAGAAGUCCGGCAAAAGCCCAGCGUACUCGAGCACUACAACAAAGAAGAAAACCACAAGGAGGGUAGCCAGUACAAGUUCUCCAAGGUCUUCCUUAUGUACGCUACGAACAAGCUUGCAGAAGAGAUAUCUUCAGGCGAUGUGAUCAUUACCAGCAUCUGCCCUGGUUGGGUCAAUACCGACUUGGGACGCGACCGCUUCUUUCCUGGCGUGCACAUAUUGGCAUUCUUCUUCAUCUUCUUGUUCAUGAGAUCUGCGGCUUCUGCUGCGAACAUGGUGUUGAGUGGGACCACCCAGGGGGAGAGUGUACAUGGCAGGUUUUGGAAAGAGGACAGCAUUCAGCCAACUCCACCUAGCCUGGCAGGACCCGAGAUGAAGGAGCUAAGUGCAAGGAUGUGGGAUGAGAUUAUCGAUGCACUGGAGAAGGAUGUGCCACAUAUCAGCAAGACUGUUGAUGCGGCAUUGUCGAAGCGCUGA